UCUGCGUACUUACGUCAUUUCCGACUUCUCAAACCUGUUCACAUAAACAUCGUAACGGUAGAGAUGGGGAGCAGGAUAACACCACCAAGCCAAAGUGAUGAUUUUUAAACUCUCCAGCGGUCAAAAAAAUUCACCAAAUUCAUUUCGAGUUAGCUGGAUAGCCGGACACCAUGGAGGAGCCUUGGGAUUUUGAGUUUUUGUCCCGCAUCGCUGACAGCUGCCUGUCGUUUAUCUCCGAGUUUGUGGACGACUGGCUCGCCAACGACAUGAGAGUCUCUAUAUUCAAAAUCCUACUCAGCUGGUUAAUUGUCAGCCUCAUCGGAAUUCACUUUGCGUGGAAAGUCUACGGGAACACAGUGAACGAUAUGUAUUAUCGACAAGGGACUGGACAGAACGGAGGCACACCUGAUACAGCUCCUCACCUCAGUGGAUGGGAAAGUCGAGCAGGAGACACCCUGAAGACUCAUCGGGAUUAACAGGACAUCGAUCUUUGGACUUAAUCCAAGUGAGGGCUGGACAAUUUGCAUCUCCCAGAAACAUUAGAUGCAAGUUUUUGCCUUCAGUGCAAAGAAGACUGUCUCAGGAUGGCCUUACCGUCUGCCAAUCCCUCACUGAAACAUGACUUUUUAUUCAUAUCAACAGUAUCAUGCUGAGCAGAAUCUUAUUCUGCAUUAAAAAAACUAAACUGAUGUUUGGUUGAUCAAAUGGUCCACUUUUUUACUUUAAGUGGGUUCAUUAGAAAAGUGAAAAAUAUUCCUGGGUUUGCAUGUGAAUUAGGCGGGCUGGGUUUGAUGACAGACAUUAAAUUUUCAAUUGUGGGACCAUACACGAGAAACACUUGAUGUAAAUGGUUUAUGGAAGGACAAAUUACUGUAUUUUUCAUGUUCAGACACAGGAUCUGGGAGACAGAUUAUUUAAUGGUAAGACUGACUUGCAACAACAGGAGUGAGUGACUGAGUGCUGUGUACGUGCCUAAGUACUGAUACGAGUAAUACUUUGCAGUAGACAGGGUCAUUUUUAACACUGUUACUUAAUGAAUAAUGUGCAUGGCCCUUUGGAAAACAGACACAUGAAAAGCAGUUCACAUCUUACAUAUUUUUGAUUCCUCACUUGUUUCUCAUGUAGGAAGCGUUGUGUGCUUGCAGUGUCAGUCAAAAAUAUCCAUCCUCUUUAACUUUUUCAUGUCUGAUUGUUUUAAAUGUUGACUUACAGUAACCUCCUGUGCCAGUGAUGAUAAUUGUUUACAAAUUGAUCAAAACUAAGAACAAACAUAUACCGCAAUGUUAAGUACAUUCACCCCAUUUACAAUGAUUCACCUAAAUUCCACACAUUAAAGGACUAAUGUGUGGGAUUUAGGUUAAUCUAUUUGCAGAAAUGAAAUAAAAUAUUCCUAUCUUA